CUACAAUGCAUUUCGACAUCCCCUAUAUUUCUACGUACUUCAUCUAACAGUCAUGGCAGAAGCGUCUGUUAGAAACCAGGAGAGAUGAUUACCAAUGGCCAAACUUCACAAUGACUGAGUGGAAAAGAGUCUUUGACAGUCGCCGUGCGGUGCCCCCUCACGGCCAGACGACCCGCCUGGGGCAGGAGCCCUCCCAAGGCUUUCAGAUAGUUUUCAAGCAUUUUGUUUGCGGAGGACACUUUGAACAGAAAUUUCUGCAGGGCCUUCAGGGGGUCCGCUUCCAGCUGAGGGUCUCCUUGUUUGAUAUCAGCCACAGACACUUUUUUGGCAGGACAUGGAAGGGUUCGCCUCAGCAGAUGAGAACCAGUCUGGGCCAGUCCAAAACCAUACCGUUUAACGAGGUGCUGUACUUCCACACCUCCCUCCGGCUCCCCAGCGUAGUGGCUGUCGUGGAAGUGGUGGCCGUGACCGAUCAGGCCGAUGGUUCCCACCACGCCCUGGGCUGUGGAUUCGGAAUUUUGCGCCUCUUUUCCGCAAAAGCAGACCCAGCGGAAGCCGUUGACUCCAAGGAGCCGAGAAGGCUGUGUCUGUACCACGGAAGCCCGAGGGCCCUGCUUCACCCUUCUUUGCACGAACCUGUCGAAAAAAACCAGCUGAUGCUGCCCAUGGACGGCGCCUGCCUGCACUGCGGCCUGCAGCCACACCCCCCGCUGGAGCUGGUCACGGCCCUCCUGCCCCAGAACCUGCUGGUGUCCGGCUCCGAGCCCAUCCCAGGGCUCGUAAGCUCCACUGACAGCAGCGCUGAUCUUCUACAGAAGCCCCGGUUGUUGAAGAGCCUCAUCUGCUAUCUAGACAAGCUGUCCAUCUCGCUGUAUCCAUCCCUGGAGAAGUUUGAGGAAGAUCUUCUACUGCUGCUCAACAUGGAUCGCCUUAACCAGAGGGGCUGUGGCCCAGACGGGAAGGACAUAACUAUCCAGGAGCGGCGGCUGCACGUGGGGGUGCACAGCGGCUGGGGCUUCCUGAGCCGACCGCAGGUGGUGGUGCUGGAACCCGAGCCCCUUGCCUCCAAGGGCCUCCAGCAGACGGGGAGCCUUCCGCGAGGGUCCCUCGGCAGCUCCAGCGCUCGCUGUCAGGUUCUGGGCCUACGCAGCCGUCUGCAGCUGAAAGAGAUGGUGAAUCACCCCGCCUUUGGCGUCGUCUUCCAGCUGGAGUACGUCUUCUCAGCUCCCCUCGGCGGAGACGGCAAGCUGUCCUUCACCACCUCCUCCAAGAUGGCCUUCAUGCAGUGUUUGCGCUGGUCAGCGUGGAGCCCCUUCCAGGCGGCUAGCUGUGCUGACGCGCCCUCAGAGGUACGCCUGGCUCUGCGGGGAGGCCCAGGCCCGAAUCCCGGGGGCGUCAUGGUGUACACAGCGCCACACCUAGACUGGAACUCCAGAGAGGGGGAGGAUCCAGAAGGAGGUGCCAUGAAAUUCAGGUUCACAGUCCGCUCUGAGGCCCAGGCUACCAGCACCCCCAUCUCUACAAGGAAAAGACCGGAAGAGGCAUCGUGGCACAAAAGAUCCCCCUCUCCACUCCGAGGUGGGGUGGGGCAUCAGGCAUUGCCCAGUCCCCCCCCCAAAUCCCCGCUAGGCCCAGGGCUGUCCAUAUCCCAGCUUGCAGCAACUCCUCGCUACCCCACAAUCAGCCACACUGUCGCAUCUCCAUGGCAACAGCAGCUCCCCUCUCAGCUGCACCCCUCUCCGAUGGUGACGGCCUACCAGCUGUCGCAUGCCGAGCUGCCCUGUGCCAGCAGUAUCGCGCACCUGGAGGUGAGUUUCAGCCACGCGUCGGCGGAACCGGCCGUGGCCGACGAGGAGCCACUGCGGGAGGUCACCUUCACGCCAGUGCACGCGCCCGUCAUCACCCUGGGUACCCAGACGCCUGGCUCCUCCUCAUCGAUGUCGCGGAGCUCCAUAGCGCAUCUUUACUCGGCUGGCUUCCCAGAGAUCCUGGACUGCAGGGGGCAGGUGGCCGAUGUCCUGGAUCCGGGUGAACCCAUCAACUUCAACCCCCAGAAAGAGGAAGCUGACCCCCUGCAGUGUAACAAACUUGUCCUGCAGUUUCUGGCCUUCUCCAGAGUACCACAGGACAACAUGGGUGCGGACUGGCCAAAGUCUGUGUACUUCACCUUCCAGGUCUAUCGCUUUCCUCCUGUCAAAACGCAGAGGCUGCUGCUCCUUUGCACAGAGAAGACCCAGCUGGACACUGCUGACAGAUAUCCCUGUAUUCUGACGGUAGCCAAGAGCAACAGCAGCACUGAAUCUGCAGGACCCCCGGGGCUGGAACUGACGUUCCUGGCAGACCCCGCGUUCCUGAAGCCGGGAGAGCGGCCUUGGUUCCUGCAGUACCUCGCCCUCCACACGCUACAGAUCGACGUGUGGGACGCUGACUCGCUGAUGCUCGUCGGCUCCGCAGCCGUGGAGCUCAAGCACUUGCUCCGGCAGGGACGGCCUGCGGUACAGGUGAUGCAGGAGCUGGAAGUGAUCACCACAGAGUACCUCCAGGAGGCGCUGAUGGUCAGCGGGCAAAGGUCCAUGACGCCCAUCAAUGUCUUCACGGUGGUCAGGGGGAAGCUUCUUCUGCGCAUGGCCAAUGUUGGGCUCCCUUUUGAUCCGAGCGUGAAAUGGCCCGUGACCCUGCCUCCCUCCCACUCGCGCGUCGUCCAGCCCCAUGACGGCACCCGUGGAUUUGGUGGCGGUAGCCUCUGUUCCAACAGCGUUCUGGGGCAUCAUGCGCGGAAUGCAUCUGACGCCCGGCGACUUGUGGACAUUGAUGCUGACCUGGCAGCCCUGCUGUACAGCCGGAUGAAAGCGGCUCCCCGACGGCCUGAGACGGAAGGAGAAGCGGAGGCGGCCCGGCGGCGCAAGCUGGCGCGCAUGGAGGCCGUGCGGCAAUACGAGGAGCAGGGCCACAUGCCGCCCAGGCCCCGCCUCACGAGCCGGCGAGAGGAACACUUGGAGCAGUUCCGGGACUUGGGCGUGAUCGAGGCCUACCGUGAGCGCCACAAGGCCGAGAGCAUCACUGUCAUGCUGAGUCAGGCCAUCACGGUCAGGCACACCGUGUACGCUGCCCUGGGGACCGCAGAAUUCUUCGAGUUCGUGCUGCGGAACCCUUUCAACAUGCCGCGGACCAUCACUAUAGAGUGUGAGGAUCCAGAGCUGAGCGUAAUCACCAGCAGCAGGGAAUGGGGGCAUUUUAAGGGACUGACCAGAAGCACAACCCCUCUGGAAGAGGGCAUGUUUCACCUGAAGGGGGGCACACGGGCUCCCCAGGUCUACCUCCGACCGAAAGAGACGCUCUACAUCCCUCUGAAGUAUCAGACCUUUGCCUUGGAUUAUGUCUCACAGGAAGCAAUGGACGUGUUUACUAGCACCAGUGUCCGUUUAGUUGAGAAGCAUCAGCUGAACAGUGCCCAGGCCAAGAUUAUAAAAGUCGUAUUUAGGGCAGAGGACGGGAAGCCCCUGGCCAUUUGCGAGGUGAGCGUGGAGCGCAUCCCCCAUGUGAUCGAUCAGACAUUCCGCUUCUACCACCCUGAGCUCACCGUGCUGAAGAAGGCGAUCAGGCUCCCGCCGUGGGACAGCGUGCCAGGGGUUCUGGGUGGAAGUGAGCACAGGAUGAGGCAUAUCCAUGUACGUUGCAGUGACCCCAACGUCAUCUGCGACACCAAAAGCAUGUCUCCAAUGGAGCCCCAAGAUGUGUACCUCAAAGUUUCGGGCGCCCAGAGCCCGCGGAUAAAGAGGUUCUUCAUCGCCGUGUUCCUGGACGAGUGGCUGGCGGCGCCCGCCCAGGUCUGGCAGGUCUACGUUCACUUCCUGCAGCGCGUGGACAUCAGCUGCGUCAGCGGCCAGCUUACCUGGCAGUCUCUGGUUCUCCGGGGAACGCGUGCCCUGCGGAAGGUCAGGUGCUACGCCUCACACCCUGGGGAGAUCCAGGUAGAUCCGGUGGAGGUGUUCGCCCUCCCGGCGGCCGCUGUGCAAGACCUGCGUGUUGGGGUGCGUGCAUGGAGGCCCGGGGGCAGGUUCGCGUACCUCAACGUGGUAGAUGUGGAACACCGCCAGCUGCUGUCAGCCUGGCUACUCUGCUUGUCCUGUCGACAGCCUCUCAUCUCCAAGGCCUUCGAGAUCUUCCUUCCGGUGGGUGGCGGAAAGGGCAGCAGCAAAAAGAUCACCUACACUAACCCCUACCAAAACAAGAGGGCCUUCCUGCUGCGCACCACCCACCCUGACCUUCUGCAUUUCAAAGAGGACUCAGUCGAGAUUGAGGGAGGAGAGACCUACACUAUUGGGCUUCGCUUCGCACCCGGCCAGAGCGCCGGGGUGGAGGAGAUCCUGGUCUUCAUCAACAACCACGAUGACACAAACGAGGAGACAUUCUGCAUCAGGGUUCAGUACCGCUGAGUCUCGAGGAUGGCUGGAAGCUUCUAAGAGGGACGUCCUGCUUUGUCACGGAGACGGGAACAGUGUCCUCACUGAGAACAGGCCACCUUAGAACACUCUGCACCUCCAACAUAGCCAUGACACUCCUACCUCCAGACUACACCACGCAAACCACAAAAAAUCCCUGAUUGUAGCUGGCAACAUUCUGUGUUCAACAGACCCUUUGCACUAGUGAAUUUACCAGGUUAAUAAUAAGGUUUUUAUUCAUUUUUUCAGGAUGUAAUCAAAUUCUUUUUUGCUGUGUUUAUAUAAAUUUUAUACAGUAUAAAUGAUUAUAAGAUGCCAUUUAAUUUUAUUUUUUAAUAAUAGAAAAGCCGUUAUUUUUUGGAAUCAGGGAAUGCAUGCAUUUGCAGAGGCAUUAUCUGCAUCACCGUGUUAUUACGGCAGUUUCUACCCAGAUGCAAUAACUUAAUGCGGCCAUUUACGAGCUUAUAAGCCGCACCAGAAACCCACAAAGCAGAGAUAGUGACUUUUAUGUGGCCUCAAGAUCUGGAAAUACAGGCACAUUAUCUGGCAGUAAUUGAAAUAUCAGUCACAUCACUGCAAUAUUAAUGAGAUCUUAUAAGUGAAUUGUUUGUAUCCCGGGUAUUCACAGAAGGUUUGUUUAUAUUGCUGAACAACCCACCCGCAGGGGUAAUGUUACCGCUGUGGAGAAUUGAAAGGAAACUGGCUGCACUGCAGUCAUUGCACUGCAUUACUGCAGUGUUUGUAUUGCAUUGUGGUACGCUACUCAUAUUGGGCACUCAGCUCUGGAAUGGUCAGCUUUAAAUGCAGAGAGAAUACGACGAGCAUAAUUAGGCUUGCUGUAAUGAGGUGUCAUUUAUUUUAUUUUUCCCCCCUAGAGGGGAAAAGGAGAGUCUCUUCAGAUAGGGCUCUCAUUAGCUUCAGCGGGGGCUCUGUCUCUCAGGGCUCUUGUUCUCUACAUGCCUUCUAUCACAAUUUCUGUCAAUAACUAGCACAUAGUUGCACAAUCACUCUUGUUAGAAUGCAGGGAGCUGGGGGCGUUUUGGUCAGAAAUGAAAACAAUCAAGUAUUGGGAUAUGUAUAUUGAGCACGUUGCUUUGUUUUACAAUAUAAAUGGCUCAGAGGAAAAAUACAAUGUGUAUCUUUCUCCCGAGGCAGAACUCUUUCAUGCUGUGUCAAUGCUGAAAAUGUUCCACGUUAAUGAUGAACAUCAUAAUGAAAUUAAAGGAACAAAAAGGA